AUGCCUUUUCUACGCCGUCGUGGCAACCUGGCCAAUGAACCCGAUGCACGACAGCAACAUACUUCAUCAAAGGGCGAUGACCCUGCCAAAAAUUCCACUGUUUCUGCGAGCCAUGAUGGACAGACCAUAAAAUUCGACGACCGUGCCACCACCACGACACAAACUCCCCGCGAAUCGACGACCAGCCGGCCUGAUACGUCACACAACCAUGACGAUCUCAAUAGACAGAAGCGUUUCUCCGUUCUUAGAUUCAGGAACGCCUCGGAUUCGCAGCUCUCCUUGAGAGCGAAGCAGCAAGCCGAACACUUACCGCCCUUGCCUUCAAGUACUUUACAAUCACCGUGCCGCCUUGUAACCUCUUAUCUUGUGGCUAACGUGAAACCAGCUCCCGCCAUCAUCACCACCGCACCGACUAACGAUAUCAAUGGACCCCGUAGAGUCAAAUCACGGAUGAGCUUGGCUGCCGCCAAAUUUCGGCGCUCCAAUGACAUUCCUCGAGACGGUGACCAGCAAAGCCGACCAAAGAGCCAGAAGCAGGCUAGAAAGUCAUUCAACGAUGCCAGAGGGCGACCUACCAUGGCGAAGUUGGACGAACCUCAGUCCCCGCCGCUAGAAUCACGAACCUCCACUACAUCCAAUGGAACGUCGUUAACUACACCAGCUUACCGCCCUUCUGAGUCCUCAAGGUCCGACGCCAGUUCCACCGACAAUGCCUUGUUAUCGAGUCCUAGCACCACACCAAAAAAGACGCCAACAUCCUCCAUCUUUCGACUGAGAAGAACGAAGAAGACACCAGAGCCUCUAUUUCCCCUAGCACACUUGCCACAAAGGAGUAAGACCGGGGUCGUCUCGCAGUCAGCAUCAACAUUGAACGUGGCGGCUACACCCCGUCCAGCUUCGUCGUGGAGCGCCACAACCCCCAAAGCAAACCUCGAUGGCAUCGAUAGCAAGCAAGCCUCGCGAUCCUCCACAAUUGCUGCUCUGCAGACAGCAGAUGGUCGCUCUGGGCAGUCAUCACCUACCAGGGCCAGCAUGUUGCGCGGCCGUUCCUCAACCUUAAGCUCGCUAGGUCGCGACUCUACUGACGAUCACCUCACCCUUCCACAUCCUAGGACGUCUACGUCAACCGGUCGGAAGAGCUUUGGAGAUUUAUUGGGUAUAAGUCGUCUUCGUCAAAACUCGGACCUCGCACGCCAAGGAUCUCUGACUCCAUUGACCCCAAGCUCCAUCCCCUCGAACAACAACUCUUUUCAGUUGAGCCGCGAUACCUUAAUUUUGCCGGAAAGAAAGAAUGACGAGUCAGCUGCCAAGUAUUUGGAACACCUGGAAGCCGACGUUCCACGCGGCAUCAUCGCGGCAAGCUUGGCCAAACACACGGAUCCAUUUUUCAGCACUGUCUUACGAAGUUUCAUGAGACGCUUCAGCUUCUUUGGCGACCCUAUGGAUAUGGCUUUGAGAAAGCUUUUAAUGCAGGCCGAGCUGCCAAAGGAGACACAACAGAUCGACCGAUUUUUACAGGCUUUCGCGAACAGGUACCAUGAAUGCAAUCCAGGCAUUUAUUCUUCUCCUGACCAAGCAUACUUCAUCGCAUUUUCGCUGCUCAUUCUCCAUACCGAUGUCUUCAACAAGAAUAACAAACACAAGAUGCAAAAAUCAGAUUAUGUCAAGAAUACCCGCGGAGAAGGGAUCUUUGACGACAUCCUAGAGUGCUUCUACGACAAUAUAUCCUACACUCCCUUCAUCCACGUCGAGGACGAUCUGGACCUUGCUGCCGAUCGAAAUGCGGCGAUCAAGUCGAAGCGAAAACCUCGUGAUCCUGAUGCAAGCGGCAAUACCACUGCUCGCGCAGCCAAGGAUCCUAUCGAUCCAUAUACACUUAUUUUUGAAGGUAAUCUUGAACCUUUGCGGCCGAAUUGGAAAGAUACAAUGUACUUGGAAGACCACUUCAAUUACCUUGGUACAGCAACCUGUCUCAAUAUGAACGAUCUACAGAAGACAUUCUUUCGUACGGGUGUUUUGCAAAUCGUAUCGCCGAGAUCCCGUCCCGACGCAUUCAUGUCUGAAAAGACGGCUACCAAUCCUGAAGAGGCUUCGCAAGGCAUUGUCGACAUCAAAAUCACGAAAGUCGGUUUACUCUGGCGCAAAGAUGCCAAAAAGAGGAAGACUCGUUCGCCUUGGCAAGAAUGGGGGGCCAUACUCACUGGCGCACAGCUGUAUUUUUUUCGCAAUACAGGCUGGAUAAAGAGCCUUAUACACCAAUACGAAAACCACAUCAAGUCUGGGAACGACGACGUUCCUAUCACUUUCAAUCCUCCCCUUCACGAGUUCAAGCCGGACGCAUUAAUGUCCACACAAGGUGCAGUGGCAUUGCUUGAUACGACAUACAAAAAGCAUAAGAAUGCAUUCAUUUAUGUACGGCAGGAGGGGCUCGAUGAGGUGCUCCUCGCGGACAAUGAGGACGAGCUAAACGAUUGGCUGGCAAAGUUGAAUUACGCUGCUGCUUUUAGAACGUCGGGCGUGAAAAUGCGAGGCAUCGUCGGCGGAAACUAUGAUGGUCAAGGUAGGAGAGGCAUGAGACGGCUCGAUAGCUCCGAUGGCAUUCAACUGGUCCAGACGCCUACAGGACCUGUUACCAUAGCGCGGGGCAAGAUUGACCACAAGAUGGCCGAGGACAUUCAGAUCGCACGCCGCGGAUACAUGCAGGCGCAGAUUGCCCAAUCCAGCCACAAAGUAGAGGAGGCUCAAAAACAACUCGAAGAGCAGCUACGGAACGCUCGUCAUCUUCAAAUAUUAGCGCCCAUUCAGCCGAGGACAAGAGAAAAUGUUCUGUCUGCAGCGGCUCGUUUGAGUGCACAGCUCAAGUGGACUCGAAUGCAGAUAUGGAAAGAAACUUGCCACCGAGACAUCCUGCUUCAAGAUUUCAAUGAAGAUCUCCCAGCAUAUCCGGCUCUGUCGACACCAAAGAGCAAGCAAAACUCGGAGCAGGACGGCUCGCCAACCCCGAAGCCUCCCCUUGUCAAAACAGAAUCGAAAGCGACCAAACUCAGCGCGAGUGAAAACGAUCCUGUCACUCCUACAGACUUGUGCAUCGCCCGAUUAUCUAGCACGGCGAACACGUCUACGGAUAACGAUGCGCCAAAAGAAGUUGAAGGCGACGCUCUCUCUUCCACCAAUACAGCAUCGCCGAUAAGAAGCCCAGUCUCCAGCCCCAGGCCAACGACGGGACGGCCUUCAAGUGGGCAAGAGAGCACACAACCACGCAAAUCUACCGAACUGGAUGAGAUGGAUGCCGAAGAACAAGAUCUACUGAGGCAAGCAGGGCUUCUUGAAAGCCGAAUGGGCAAAGAUACUGUUGACAAGCCGAAUACGCCUCUCACUGCCGUUUCAGCGGAUACAUCAGCCGAACGCGAUAAGUUGGAGCGAUCAAAAGUUCGCCGCAGUCUCCAGCGUACUCUUAGAGAGAGUGCAGGCCAUUUGUCUCAUCACAGGAGCAAGAGAGGAAAAGAGCCCGAUUCCACUCGGUCGGAGGAGACUGGAAGAGAUAGCAUGCUAUCGCGUGGCACGGGCAGUUUUGUUGUUCAUGGCAAAAAGGCUUCCGUCAUCAACCUGGGCACUGAGAUUCAAAACAUGUCCACUGACGACAAAAUCAUUGCGUUGAAACUGCAACAUCAAGGUGAUCAACCUCCAUCCCCUAGCUUGAGCUACGGCGGCGACGAAGAUUUCCAUUCUGCUGUUGAGGUCUCAUCAGAAGGUGGUGAUUCACGAGAUCGACGAGAAUCCUCAGCAAGUGCGAAUACAGCUACUGCCUUGAGCUUCCGGGAGCUUCACCGGAAAUAUUCGUCAGCACAGGCUGCUAGGAUUGUUUCCGCUAGCGGACGUCUUGCAAUUCCAUCCGAUGGUGAAAGUGAGGCUGCUGUGAGUUUCUCGGAUGGACGAAGGUCGCCCCUACCGCCUAUUGAAACCGAGUCCGAUGAGGACAAUGCUGAACCAAACACGAAUGGAAGUUCUCCGGCAAAAGCUAUUCUUGACUCGAAGACUGAUGACAACCCGGACAGCGAUAGCGAUAAGGAUGAAGACAAUCGAGAAGAGAAGCGUGAUCUAAGUCCAGGCCUGGCCAGGCUUGCUAGCCGCGCACUGCGGGUGGCAGAUGCAUAA